AAAGAUAUAGUUGUACAAUAUAAAUAUGUCAUAUGCCUAAACGUGUAAUAAACAUUAAAUUAUUUGCCGAUAUGAGUGAUGUCGUGCAUCAAAUAAGAAAAGCUUUUUUUUUGCCCCCUAACCUGCUUGUAUAUUAUUCUCCCUUUUCUGCGCCUAAUUACGUGUACCGAGCAAAUAAAGUACGCUUGAUGUUGCCCAACAUGAGAAGACAGCGUAUUGUUUAAAGGUUCGCCGGUUACCAGGAAACGUUAAAAUGCUAGCGAAGCAAGUAGUCAGUUGCAGAUUGGUGACGUACGUACAGGAAGUCAGAAACACUCUGGCUUUACGGCUCUGUGGUAACAAUGCCUAUACGGGUCUUUCCGUAGUUAAACGCCGUAGCACCGAGCUUGUGAAACACGUCAGGGCUCACGAAAUGCUCUUACCGGUGCCUACCGUUGCCUUUCGAUUGACGUUUGUGUAAAGGUGAUGAACUAGUAACAAUGUCGUUGCGAAUUAGUUGGAAUGAACUGUUCCCCACGAAAUGGAGCGUAGUGAUAUUCAUCGCGUACAUGGUGUUGUUUAUAAAUCAAGGGAUACUUGUCACAGCAUCACAAAGUUCAACUAGUACAUACAGCUAUAACACAGUGACUGUUGUGCUGCUCACAGAGGUGGUAAAGUUGGUGGUCUCUGUCUCCAUUUACUGCAAAGACAAUGCAGUGUCUUCCCUGCUUCAUGAGACAAAGCUACACAUUAGAGUAAUGCUGUUAUAUUUCGUACCGGCCUUUUUAUACUGCUUGUAUAACAAUUUGGCCUUCAUAAACCUGUCAGCCUUUGACCCUACAACUUAUUACCUCCUGCUACAGUUCAGAGUUGUAGUGACAGGUAUUGCCUUUCAGGUGCUGUUUAAGAAGAAGUUAAGUGGUAAACAGUGGUUGUCACUAGUUCUGCUUACAGUUGGUUGUAUGAUGAAAGAGACUGAUAUGAGCAGUGAUAAGAAAAAUUCACUUACUUCUACCAGUACACCAACUGCCUCCCAGGCUGGCUUCCAUUUCAGUUUCAACGCUUUGCUUAUUGUAAUUCAGACUGUGUGUUCCUCAUUUGCUGGUGUUUACAAUGAAUACCUUCUGAAGGCAGAUGGUGCAGAUGUCAAUGUGUUUGUACAGAAUGUGUUCAUGUAUGUGGAUUCAAUUAUAUGCAAUGGAGGUAUACUUCUGGUGCAAGGACAACUUUAUAGUGCUUUCACAUGGGAAGCACUUUCAUCGGUGUUUACAUUUAAAGUAAUGAUUAUAAUGUUCAACAAUGCAGCUAUUGGUAUUAUUACUAGCUUCUUUUUGAAGAACUUAAAUUCUAUUUUGAAAACAUUUGCAAGUGCGCUUGAAUUAAUGUUUACAGCAGUACUCUGUCGGUUAAUAUUUGGAAUACCAAUAUAUGUGAACACUGUUAUUGCCAUCUCCAUUGUGUCAUAUGCUGUUAUACUCUAUUCUCAAAAUCCAGUUGUAAAUCAGUCACAGAAAGAAGACAAGCAAACAGAGGAAGAGGAAGAUCUGUUAGAUGUUUCUUCUGCCUAACUUACUAAUAUUUUCAGAAAUGGCCCAUAUGAAUUUAAAAGGCUGCACCUUUAUACUUGCAGAAUGUACCAAGGAGUUCUGUAGGUUAACUUGUGUUGGCAACUGGCUUUUCAUUUCUGAAUUUAAGUCAUAAUUAUAGUCUGUGAUAUUUACAUAGAUUUAACUUUUGUUAUUUAUUGAUAUUAUAAGAAAUGGUCCACGUAAAUUUAGAAGCCUGUAUCUUUAUACUCAUGAAUUUUAUAAAGGGUUGCUGUAAGUUAACUUGUGACCAUAAUCAAUGGCACAUAAUAUACAGUUGUUAUGGUGAACAUAAAUGUGGAACAUUUUAUACACUGAAACAAUACAAGUGCAAGAAACAAUGAGAGCAGAAGAAUUUCCAUACUUUUCAUGUUUUCCAACCAUUUCUUGUGGUGUACUCUAUUCUGUUAAACAGAAACUUUAAAACAUUAUCUUUGAAAUUGGGCAAUGUUAGCAACUAAUGUCAAGAUUUGUAUAAUCAUCAUUUCACCAGAAUCUUUACUAGUUUAUAUGCUACCAAGCAGACAAGUAUAAGCUUUUAAAUAAGUUAGGACAUGAAAUGAUGGAACAUUUCCACGAACUUGCCCAAAGAUUGAUAAGCAUUUAGCUUCUGUUGUACUUGAUCUUUUUAGUUAUGAUAGUUAUAAUGUGUUUAAAGAUUAUCAUUUCAACAUAAUUUUGCAUUGAUAUAAGGGCUCAGUGUGUUCAUUUGCUGUGUACUGAAUAGUUACAUAACUUACACCGGUGCAUUUUUUUAAUUCAUGAAUUUCCUUCAGCUCUAUUCCAAAAACUUCGAAUAACUUGAAAUAGUAAUUAUAAUAGUAACAAUAUCAGAGAACUAAUGAAAAUUUGUGGCCUUGUUGAAAUGAAGUUAUGAAAGGUGCUGGAUACUGUCUCGGCAUAUACUUGUUUCUUGAACAGAAAUGUCAGUGGACUCACUAAUAGAAGAGCUUUGUUUUUUCUUUGAACCCUUGUGCUGUGAAAUAAAUAUAAUUGCCUAAAGUUUGUAACAUCAGAAUAACCCACAAAGUAUGAAGCCAUAACAUAAAGAUAUCACCUUCAAACCACUUUUUGGUGAGUAUUUUUACAGUACAGAAUUGUCAUUUAAUGUUGUACUCCAGAAGUAUGUUUACAUUUAAUAUUUCACAGUUUUUGGGAGACUCUUCCCAGAGUUGGUCACAUUUAUUAUUUGUUUUGAUCAAAAGAACAAAAUGUUCCACUUUUGAUAAGGCUUUCUUUGAAAUUUCUUCUCUUUGUCUGAUUUUACAUGGAUUUAUUCUAUGAUUUUCAUAAAAUAAAACAAAAUAAUAUGCUGAAAGUGCUGCCUUGUGAACCACUGUAAUGCAGCAGAUUAAAAAUGAUAUUUUCAGAUUGUUCUUGACAUGUGUAUAAUCUAGUUCCUGCUGAAUCCUAGUUCCAUAGAUUUGCACAGAAGCAAUCUUUUACUUUGUGCCAAGAGAUGGUAACACUAAAAAGAAUCACUAAGAAGUGAACUUGGCUGACACGCUUAACUUCACUUGUGGAUCUGUACCUUGUGAUAAUGUCAGAUAAAAAUUUAAUUAUUUAUUUUAAAUUUCGUAUAUGGUCAGUCUUGCCAUUCAUUAUCUUUAGUAUUGUAACAACAAUCAGGAAGCUUUAGGAGAUUCUAUUGCUGUAGUAAUUUCUGUAGGUAUGCUACUUAAUCGUAUUUUACCAUUGAAGUGUAUGUUUGGUGCUUAAAUGCUUGUUUUGCUGUAUUGGCUUUGUGAAUAUCUGACUUUUUUCUAAUUUUAGCAGUUUUUGAAAAUUUUAUGUGUGCUGUGAUUGCUAUAGUUAUUGUGCUAUAUGUGUCUCUCCUUCCAGAACACUUAAAUCAUGUGUAAAUGUAAGAGUAACUUAUGAGUAAAUUAAUGUUAAUUUCUAUUUAUGUGUGAUGUAUUUAUAUAUGCUUUUUCCUAUCAUCUCAUAUAUUUCUAAAACAGCCAAAUUAUAAUUUAAAGAAUUGUUGUAUAAAAUGAAAAAUUCAAUUCAAAAAAUUGGUAAAAUUACAAGGAGACAUAUGAAGACUACCCAGUGUACACCUUCAAGAUAGGCAAAGCCCAGUACUGCCUAUAGAAGCAUGUUCCUAGCAUUAGGACAAAAGGUUCCUUUUUGAGCAACCUAAGUUUCAAGAGAAAAAAAAGACAAAGACAAUGAAAAUGUAACUGUAAAGUGUAAGAGGUAGCAUUGUGCUACCUUCGGAUCAGAGAUUAUUGGCAUUAUAGAGUGAGUAGUAGGGCCCGAGGAGGGAAAAGAGGAAUGGAAAACAAAAUGUGGCCAGAGUAAUGCAGUUAGUAAGGGGGGAAGGGGGGGCAGUGGUGUGAUGCAUCUGUUAUGGAUGGCAGAGGCAGGGCAGGGUGAAGGGGGGGGGGGGUGAAAGUGUGAGAAAUUUUAAGACAUGAUAGCACUGAAAGUAAAAUUCACCUUGGAAGACUAGAAUUAUGAGACAGAAUGGGUGCUUGGUAGUUACUUUUAUGAGGCAAAGUUAUUAGUGCUGCUGACACAUAUAAAAGCACAAGAAACUAUCCUAGCAUUUGUAAUGAUUAGUUUAUUCUUUGAGAAGGUAAGAUGGGGAAAGAGAGAGACAGAGAGAGAAAGAAAGGGCAAGUCACUCGGGGGCUAGGAUGACAGGGACCACCUGUUCAUUCUCCCUAUGGAAGGAAUUAAUAGUUUCAAAGCUAGGAUAGUUUCUUGUAUUUUUGUAGGUGUCUGUCAGCACUAUUAUUGAGGUAAGUGCAGGCCAAUCAUUCUGUCUUGCAAUUUUAAGUAAAUAGUAGGUAGGAUAGAACUUUAAAAUUCAAUAAUAUGUGCAAGGGCUGUUUAGCGUAGGAGGGCAUGAGGGCAUCGAGAUGAGAGGAUAUCUUAGAGAGUGAGUUCUUGUCUCUGGGUAGAGGGAUCCAAAUGAGGUAUGGCAGGCAUUCUGGUCCUCUGAGUGACACUUAGUACUUGACAUUCGCAACACAGAUAGUUUUUCGUGUCCAUUUACGCCAUCUACCAUUUUGGUGUUCGUCAUCCCAAUAUAGAAAGCCAUGGCAGAACAUAAUUAGUGACACACGUUUCCCUGCUUUUUAACAUUGUAUGAUUUCCCAGAGAUGGAGCUGGAGAGGAUGAUGGUGAGUGGGUGCAAAGAGCAGAUUAAGCAACAUGAUUAAUAGUAGGAGCAGGAACCUUGAGGUGGUAUUGGAGGUCUUGGAAUGAUGAAUUUUUUGAUAAGAAUCUUGUAAAGGUUAGGAGUGUGGCAGGAGGUGACAAGUGGAUUGUGUGGAAAGGAUAUUUGUGAGAGAUGAUUAUAUUUCAGUGCCUGAUGUGAGAAAUUAAUGUACUGAGGUAUUCAAGCCCUAGCUGGUACUAGGUAUCCAGAAUAGUAAGAACAGCAGUCAGAGCCGUGCUGUUUGGAGGAAUGGGGAAAAGGGAGGAUGGGUGACUGUCUGCGAGAUUUGACCACGAAACAGUUCAGGGGUGGGUGUGCCUCCUGAAACAAUGUACUUGCCAGUCUUUCUGUUUCCCUGUAAUUUUAACGAUAAGUGCUGUGUGUCUGUCAUUGUAUAUUUGAAACUGUUAUGUACUAUUUUCUCUGUGAUGUUACAACUGUGAUAUUUUUUCUUGUUGCUUUUCAUUAUGGGAUGUAAACAGAUGUGAAAUUAUAUGCACUCUGUAACCAUAUUGUAAUUUUAUAAUUAGUUGUUCUGAAUGUAAGACUAAAUCAAAUUUUCUUCAGUUACUCAGCAAUGUUGAAUCCUCUUCAUCUUCACAGAGAUAUUCUGGUUCUCUCUUGUCUCACAGUUGUAUCCUGCUCUAAUCAGUGCUGCCUUUAAAAAUGAGCUCCAUGUUUAAUUAUAUAAAGCUGGCACACAGUCAACAUGAAAAUAUAAUGUGGAGUCAUUAGUUCCUUGUUUUGUAAAGAAACAUUCAGACUGUCUGUUCUUAGUGACAGAAAUGGCUUUUCAUCACAGUCAUAAAUUUCUGUGAAACAUUUAUUUUUUAGUAGUAUUUGACAAUGUAUAGAGUUGCUGCCAAAUGUUUUUGCACGGGAAUCUCUCUUUGCUCUAUGAUAUGUAUUUGUUUUGCCAGCAUUGCUCCUUAUUAUAGAUUUUUAAUUGAUCAUCAACUCUGUCUAGACAUUACCUUGUUAAGUAAUCACAUUAUGUGUACUACAGGUACUGCUAAGAAUUAAGAUGAUCUUUUCAUGUACAUUAUGAAUUUGAUAUAAGGCCAGUAUCAUCUGAAACAGUUCUAAUUAGACUGAUUGCUACCACUGUUUCCAACAAGUAGCUAUGAACAAUGAAAGAUAAAGCAGUGCUAGUAAACUACCAACUACUCAUAUUGCUGUUGACUUGCCAAAUGACAUUAAUAACAUUCAGAAAUAAUGCCCCAAACAUAUAGGGAACUUCCUUGCAUUGUUUUCUUCAUAUAAAUUUUUAUAAGCUAAAGACUCACACCUCUUUGUCUUGUUCUUACAUCAAGGUAUGUUAAUUGUUUGCUCUGUGGUACAAAUACAAGUGUGCCAGCAGAUGCAACUAAUGAAUGAUAUCAUUUCCUUUGUUGUGUAAGGUUUUGUUAUGUUAGUCUUUCAUGACAGGCAGAGUUGCAGCAAUAAACUCUGCCUGGCCACACUCCUCUGAAGUGCACAAUCUCUGAUGUGAAUUGCUAGGUUAAACAAUGUAACAAAUUCUCAAAGUUAUUCUUAUCAGUGGAUAAGAGAUAUCUCAUCAUUUCUUACAUUGGAAUGAUUUUUGCUUUAAGUAACAGUGAUUGGCACCGAAGCUGUGAUCUGUUAGACAUCUCUUUAAGUUCAUUUUAAGUUCAUUAGUGUUUUUCCUUUUGGUAGUGUAGCAGCACAUCUUGCAUUUAAACCAUCCUCAUCAUUUCUCUUUUCUAUUUUGCAUGAUUUACUAUAGCGAGUUACAUUUUAUUAGACAUGUUGUAUAUAGCCCAUUCUUGUUAAAGCACAAAGAAGUUAAAUCUCUUGCAAAACUUGCUGCUUUAAAAUAACACUGCAGACAAUAGAGUUACACAUAUAUUUUGUGUCUUCUGAUUUGCCUGUAAAUUCGGCCUUACCGUUAUAACUUACUGGUGUUACUUCUUAUGUGAUUCACUCAUAAUCAGUUACAGACAUUUUCAGGUCUAAAUGUAUAUGAAACUACAUGAAGGUUCCUGGUUGAUGAUGGCCAUCCAUGUGUUGCUCUGUCGUAUCCAGACCUUUCCAAUUUCCUUGUAAGCAACUUAAGCACAUGGGGCCACUAGGAAAAAAAUCAUGCCGUCUAUUUCAUUUUAUUUAGUGUCAUAUCACAAAUUCCCUUCAUGAAAAAGAAGGGACCACACACUGUUUAUGGAACAAAACGUGUGUAUUGCUUUUCAUUUGGCACCCGUAAUGCUGCAAUGUCUACUAUUAAAUCUGUAUUCUAGUCUUGACAGAAAAUACCUUACUCAGUUUGACCAAGAGCAGAAAAGAUCAAAAAUCAAAUGCAUAUAUUGAAUAUAUUUGCACAGCUAUUUGUUGUUUGCUUUUGAAUUCUCUCUCUCUCUCUCUCUCUCUCUCUCUCUCUCUCUCUCUCUCUUUUGCCUUCGGACUAGUCACCGCAAAAGGUUAAUUCCCAAUAGGUGUACUUUACCAUCCAAUUCAUUAUUAUCCUAAUCACUAACUUAAAUUCUGUGACAAAAUAAGUAACCAAGUAAAAUAUUAAAUAAAUGGAAACUACAUAGCACUGGUUAUGAUAAAUGAAACAAAAUGUGCCCCCUUGUUCUCAAAGUCACAGGUAACUACAAUAUAAGUCUUAAAUUUCUUUUUGUUCUAUUACCAGCUAAAAUCAUUGCAAUUCACAUUUGUUUCAUGUAUGUUACUGAUUACUGUAUUUAUGUACUGCAGACAACAAGUGGCAUCUCCUCUUGUAAAGAAUAGUAUUGAAAAGUUCUGAAAUGUUAUCUACAGAGAUGUUGUACAUACACAACAGCUAUUAAAUUGUUAAAAAUCAAGACAGGGUAUGUGCCACAGCUGAAAUAAAAUCUAUUGUUCAUAGCCCAGAUUGUUCAAUUUCUUUUUUUCCCCUUCGUGUAGAAAUGUAAUUCACCAGUGUGAUGUUUCUUGUGUGCAACAGUUAAAAUAUUUUUUCCUACUUCUUGACCACUUUAAUUUCAUUAAAUUGUUGAAACCAAAACUAUGUAAUAUAUGCAUUGUCCAGAAUGUGGGGUUGUAUUUCUAUACAAAAAAAAAACAACCUUGCCUUUUAGUUAGCUGAUGGCUUGGGUAUGAUAAUUGGAUCAGUGCAGAAAAUGUGUUACACAAUCUACUAUACUGUGAAGCUUUUGCUUCAUUUUUCAAACCUGUAAAUACAAAAAAAGCUAAGGAAAUAAUUUGUCUGUUUACAAUUUCCUAUUUGUGUUUAAAAUCUUGUCAAUUAACAGCAGUUUCCUAGUCAACAUGUAACAUUUUGUAAUAAUUACUUUUGAAAGAUGAUUUUAUAUGAACACAUUGUUGUUACCAGAUAACUAUGUACAAAGUUUGUAUGUAUGUAAAUACUAUUUUGAAAUAUUUAUUCAUCAAAAAAUUUGAACCAAUAAAGAAUGGGCAUAAAAUAUGUGCUGAAAAUUC